CACGUUAUAAUUGUUUGGACUCAAAAAAAGUUAUUUAUGACGAGAAAUCUUUCAAGUGGACGCUUAAUGAAGAUGCAAUGGCUUCUGAAAAAUUUUCUGAAGGCAUUAGACUAUUUGCUAAAGAUAGUAGAACCUUGAUGCUUAUGUUAAAACAACGUUUGAAUAAUGAUGAUGCUAUUGCUAAUGGAAAUAUUGAAUUAUUCUCGGGGCCUUUUCAUGAGGUUAAAGUAUCUAGUUAA